CGAGUGUCGCGCAUGCGCAGAUCGUCGCUGUUGCGCUCGCGAUCCGUCCGUUAUUAUUGUCAACAGCCGAUGGCCGAAAACAUCCGACACCAUGCAUCCGUCGCGCCGCUUCUGCGUGCGUUUCCCCCGAAACAACGCGCCUCUCGUACAGGCAACAGGCUCUAGAGGCUAUUAACCUCAAAACUCGGUAUUUUACACGGUUUGACAAUGAGUGUCGGUUACUGGGCGUAACGGAAACACAGCUAUGGCACUCUCGGUGAUCCAGGCGUGUCGUAGUCUGGCCCUGUCCACCUGGCUGCUGUCCUUUUGCUUCGUCCAUCCGCUGUGUUUGGACUUCACGGUGGCGGAGAAGGAGGAGUGGUACACGGCCUUCGUCAACAUCACGUACGUGGAUCCGGACACGUCCGAGGUCCGCACCGAGAAGACGGAGUGCGGCCGUUACGGGGAGCACUCGCUCAAGCGCGAGGCCAGAGGCGUGCUGGCGAUGCCCGCCGCGCCGCAGGACAGAAACGCGUGCGACCCCAACAGCAGGUUCACGCCGCGCGGACACGACGCGUGGAUCGCGCUCAUCAGCCGCGGAAACUGCACGUACAAAUACAAAAUCCGAAACGCCGUGGGAAAAAACGCGUCAGCUGUGGUCGUAUACAACGUGGGAUCCUCGAACCCCAAUGAGACCGUCACUAUGGCUGAUUCAGGCUCCGGUGACGUGGUGUCCAUCAUGAUCCCCGAACCGAAGGGUCGUGAGCUGGUUCUUCUGAUGGAGAGGAACAUCACCGUUCUCAUGCACAUCACCAUCGGGACACGCAACCUCCAGAAAUACGUCAGCCGCACCUCUGUGGUCUUCGUCUCCAUCUCCUUCAUCAUCCUCAUGAUCAUCUCGCUGGCCUGGCUCGUCUUUUACUACAUCCAGCGCUUCAGAUACGCCAACGCUAGAGACCGCAAUCAGAGGAGGCUGGGAGACGCAGCCAAAAAAGCCAUCAGCCAGUUACAAGUGCGGAGCAUCAGGAAAGGAGAUGAGGAGACGGAGAGUGAUUUCGAUAACUGUGCUGUGUGUAUCGAGGGUUAUAAACCAAAUGAUGUAGUCAGAGUCUUACCCUGCAGGCAUCUGUUUCAUAAGAGCUGUGUCGACCCGUGGCUGGUGGACCAUCGCACCUGUCCCAUGUGUAAAAUGAACAUCCUCAAAGCUCUCGGCCUCACGUCGAGUGCCGAGUGUCUGAAUGAAUUUCCUCUGGACUAUGAGCUCGCAGUGGGGGGCGUGGCUUUCAACGCCAUGGUGAUGAGUGAUGAUGUCAUGGCUGAUGAUGUCAUCGGGGGGCGUGACCCCGGCGUGAGGAUGGUGGGUCUCCCUCAGGUCCUCCUGGACUCUGAGCCGCUGUCCCAGGACACCUUGCCAACCGAACAGAGUGAGUUACAACCAAUAACCAGUGGCAGUUCAGAGAUGUCGCUGGCGACGGGGGCGGGGCAUUCGGACAUUGACACGCCCUCAGAUGACCCAAAGUGCUGAUCUGGCCCCACCCACUCAUGCUCAAGCGUUUGGGUGACCGGGUGGAAUGGGCUUUGAAUGGCCAGUGAUUGACCGUGUGAUAAACACACUCUC